ACACACGCGUGUAGAGGCGAUGAGAAGGAACGUGUCUUACUCGGAUGAAGGUCACUAAUGAAGAUGGAUUGAUAACCAGACAAGUCCCAACUUUCCCAAAUGUUUUUCUUUCUUCAGGUCAUGUUUGAGGAAACCUGGUAACAGGGCCGACAGCGCAGUCAGCAAUGAAAGGUGGACUCGUAUUAGCCUCAAGUCUCCUUCUGGUAUUUCACAUGGCUUGGGGAUGUCCUGAGGUCUGCACCUGUCAGCCUUCUUCAAGGACAGUAGACUGCAGCUACAGACGACUAUUGGAAAUUCCAAGUCAUUUGCCAUCACAAACUCAAGUACUCUACUUGCAGGGUAACCAAAUUCGAAUUAUCAACCAUACAUCUUUUAUGAAUGUUCCUGGCCUGCAAAUAUUAGACUUGUCUAACAACUCCAUUUCAAGAGUGCCACCAUAUGCCUUCCACUACCUGCGUUCCCUGCAGCUCCUAAAUCUGACCAACAACUUCAUCCAGUAUCUCGAUGGUCAGGUAUUCACACCUCUACUUGCUCUGAAGAAACUUGACUUGUCUUCUAACAACAUGAGCACUUUGCCAGAAUCCUUAGGGAACAACACUCGAAACCUAACCUUUCUUGGCCUGAAAAACAACCAUCUACAAGCAGUUGACAGAAUGGUUCUGGAGACAUUAAUAAACCUGAAAGUGUUGCUUGCAAAAGCCAACCCUUGGCAAUGCAGCUGUCCAGUUGUGGGUCUAAAGCUCUGGCUGGAGAACUUUUUAUAUACAGGAGGUAUUAUUGAUGAGCUGAUCUGCACUGGCCCUGAGGACCGCAAAGGAAAGGAUCUUCUCAAAAUCCCAUUUGAGCUGUAUAAAAGCUGUCCUCCAUUUACUACUUCAUUCCCAGUGACAAAUAUCCACCAACACAGCCUAGACCACAGGAAUAAUGGCCGACAUGGACAUCAUGGGGAACACAUAGAGGGCACUCUUCCUGAAUGUGAACCAAAACCAAAGCCCAGACCAGCCAACUUGAGGCAUGCCAUAGCCACUGUGGUCAUCACUGGAGUUGUCUGUGGAAUUGUCUGUCUUAUGAUGUUGGCGGCUGCAGUGUACGGUUGCGCCUAUGCUGCAAUUAUGGCAAAAUAUCAUAAAGAGCUCAAGGAAGUGGAACGAAUGGCUUCUGCCUCUGAACAUGGAAGCCCUGAAGAGAAGGAACCUCUUGAUGGCUCAUUGGCCUGAGAAAUUAGCCUGACAUUAUUUACUUUUUACCACCUAAAAAAAAGUUUGAUAACUGAUCACUUUUUAACAUAUUAUUAUUUAUCUUUUGACUGUGCAGUUUAUUCAAAUUUUUCAAUAAUUCUAAUAUUUUUAAACAUUAGUGUGCUACUCCAACCAGAACCAUAAGAAAAUAAUAUCUAUUAAAUGUAUUUAUGACCUGGACAUGUUGGACCAUAAAUACAAUAUAAUUGAUGGCUCAAUUCUAGGAAGAAUUGUUAAAAGAGGAAUAAAUAAUUUCAGUAACUGUUUACUUAAUUAUCACUAUGUUGUUUUUAGGUUCAAAAUGUUAUUGUAGAUUCAUUUCUCUAUACAUAUUGUAUGUGUUGCAGUUGUAAAUGUAUGUUUCUCAUACAGACCCCUAAGGGUAGGAUCACAUGUGCCAUACUUUGCUGCUGCACGUUUUCCUAUCCAUUGAAGUCAAUGGGUAGCAAAAUCAGCUGCGAAUUUUGCUACCCAUUGACUUCAAUGGGUAGUAAAAUACGCAGCAGCAAAUAUGCAGCAAAAUAAGGCACAUGUGACCCUACACUAAAUCCUCUAGAUAAACAUAAAUAAUUAAAGACUAAAAUUGCACGGCUUACAAUGACCACUAGGGGAAAUGUCCAUAAUACUGUUUGUAAUUUUAGCUUCAUAAUAAGAUAGGAUCAGGUGAUUUCAAGCUCUGUAUAAAAAAAAAAAAAAA